AGGACUCGGUGUACACCCCAUCUUUAUUUACUCAGCAGGAAGUAGAAUCAUAAAUUUUUCGCAGCUGAAAAUAAAUACAUUCUCUCGGCUCUGCCAGCGCUCAUACUAUUACUCAUUCGUGAUUAUUUUUCGUUUCAAUUCAGUUUUAACGCUGAGUCACUCAAACUCUUUUGCGGUGAUAAGUAGAUUAAUUGACGUGUUAUUUGAAAAAUCACUUCUGAAAUGAAAGAUCAUCCUCGCUUCACUGUGCUAAUUUUUCUCGUAUUUGCCACGUCAUUCAACCGGGGCGAGAGGAUCAGUGAUCUGAUCGCGAAAUUCAAUGAGCGAAGAGCAGCGGGAAUUCUCGCACAACCGCGAAUCGGAAGGAACGCGGGAAUGGGGAGUUUUGGACGUGCGGAUGGUGCUGCUGGACUAGUGCAAUAUCCGCGUGUCGGACGAUCUGGCCCUCCAACAGCUGAUGAUAUCAAAUAUCCAGAAUUUGAUGGCGAGGUCAAGAAUCAUCGUCAGCUGUUGGACAGCGUCGGGGAUAUUAACGAUCAGAAAAAUUUCGAUGAGGAGUUACGUAGACGACUGGGCAAUGGAAUUUGGGUGGAAAGCCCAAAAUAUGGGGAGAGGAGAAAUCUACAGCGAACGCAGUGCGAAAAUCAAAUGAACAGCGCUGGGAUUUUUAUUGUCACACCUAAAGAUUACCAGAAGAUCGAGCGUCAAUUGCUGCAAUACUACCCUCGAUUAUCAGACCACUCUCGCUAAUAGAAAAAAAAAAAAGAAUUCACGAUACGA